AUGAGUGGCCACCAAAACCCCCCAGUGGAGUCAGCAAGUGUCGGCGACGACCCUACCUCGAAGACGGCUAGCUUGGCCGAUGCGCCGCCUACCGCGAGCGCCCCAGACAACGGUAGCGAUUUCUACAACACACCUCUGACAGGCGGAACCCCGGUUCCGAUUGCUAGCAAAAUAGCCCCCGAGAGACAAGUGAAACAAGAGGAAUCUGAAUCAAAGACCCAGCAGAGCCUCCCCGGAUUGAAACUCGCCGAAAACCCCCACCUACACGAGCCUGCCACGAUGCUCACUAAGGAAGAGCCUACUGCCAACGUUGAAACCAACGUUGAAACUAUGGAGGUUGAACAAGUAGAGAAUGAUACCAAGGAGGAGGAAAUGAAAGAGGAAGAGCACCCAGAGUGGGAGGUCGACUCUUCCCCAUACGAGUCAUCUUCUGACAGCUCGGACUCCUCGGACUCCGACGAUAGCGACGACGAAGACUAUCCGAUUCUGAGUGCCGAAGAGCAGGCGCGCAUUCUCAUGCAAGCAGAGGCUGGCGAAGACGACGAUGUAGACAAGGGAAAGUCUGGCGCACAACUUCGAACCGCCAACGAGAUUGAGCAAGAGGUUCUGCCAAUUCCCGACGUUAAGAUUACACCUGAGACAAAGAUCGUGUUCCUUGGCAAGAUCCAGGCCGCCAUCGACAAUGCUGUCCUCAUUGAAGCCAACACAUCUGGAGAAUACCAAGUCCUCGAGUCGGGCUCCUUGCUCUGCUCCGCUGACCGCAAUGUUGUUGGUGUUGUGACGGAGACUCUAGGCAGAGUCGAGAACCCUAUGUACACCGUCAUGUACUCUACUGCAUCUGAAGUCCAGGAGAGAGGUUUGGUCAAGGGUAUGGAUGUCUAUUAUGUUGAAGAACAUUCUACUUUCAUUUUCACCCAGCCACUGAAGGGCAUGAAGGGAAGUGACGCCUCGAACUUCCACGAUGAGGAAGUAGGCGACGAAGAGAUCGAAUUCUCCGACGACGAAGCGGAGCUUGAAUACAAACGGAAGAUCAAACAGAAGCGCCAGGAGCGUAAGGAAGCCCGGGAUGGCCCUCGCGCAAAGAAGAAUGCACCAGGCCCCUCGAAAUUGAUCCAUACCGAGCUCAACUACGAUGAUGCCGGAGGCGAAGAUGGCUACACCCCCCUUGCACGCCCCACAAACCUCCACGAGAUGAUGGGUGCCCGCGAGGCCCCAGUCGAAGGCACCGAGCGCGGCGGUUUCCGCGGUGGACGAGGCCGUGGACGUGGUGGUGACCGUGGUCGUGGAGCCCGCGGCAGAGGUGGAGCCGGACGAGGAGGAAGGGAGUGGGAGGACCGUCGCCCUCACCAGCAGGGCGACUCAAACUACGAGUCCCAGGCUCAGUCUCAACCCCAGGCCCAGCCCGCGCCCCACGCCCAGGCCAUGUACCAGCAGCCCCAGCCUGGCUACGGGAUGUCUCAUAUGUCCCAUAUGCCCCAGAUGCCCCAGCCUUACGCCGCAUUCGCACAAUACGCCCAGCAGCAGCCCCAAUUCGGACAGGGUGGAGCACAUGCUCAGUUCCCAUUCCAAAUCCCCUUCCAGCAGGGUUAUCAGAUGCCUGGCAACUUCCAAGGUGCUCAUAUCAACCCUGCUUUCCUGGCUGCUUUGCAACAACAGCAGCAGUUCCAGCAACAGCAGCAAUUUCAACAACCUCAACAGCAGCACCAACAAUACCAGCAGCCCCAGCAGCAGCAGUAUCCCCAGCAACCAGCUCAAACCCCUGCCAUGAACUUUGAUCAGGUUAAAGCCCAGCUUGAUCUGCUGCGGAAUCUCAACAACGGGAACCAGGGUCACCAGGGUCCUCCUCCGUCCUGA